UUAUAAACAAGCCCUUGAAGGUGCAAUUGAGGGACGCAAAAAUGUCGUGGCAUCUGGAGUACCAUUCUCAAGGCCGGAUGACUAUUUCGCUGAAAUGGUUAAAUCAGAUGUGCACAUGUCCAGAAUACGACAAAAAUUGGUAAACGAAGAACAACGGAUUAAGGCCAGUGAAGAAGCAAGGCGCCAGAGAGAGUUAAAGAAAUUUGGUAAAAAAGUUCAAAUUGAAAAAAUUCAAGAACGACAGAAAAAAAAGAAAGAAGAAUUGGAAAAAAUUAAAGUCAUGAAAAAAAAUACUGCCAUAGAUGAUGAUUUUGAAAUCGCUCUAGAGCAGGCCGCAGCCGAUGAUAGACCAAAAAAGAGACAAAAUACUGGGAAGAAUGCAAAGCGUAUCAACGUAAAUCGGCGAGAAAUAAAAAGUGAUACAAAACUCAGCAAGUUGUUGCAAAUAUGGUUAAUUCACUU